CCCCUCCUUCCUUCCUUCUUCUCUCUUGCAGGCCACAUAGGGCUCCUCUCAGUGUUUAAGCUCAGCUGAGCUGUGGCUGGGAUAUUCACACUUCCCAGCAGUGUGCGUCCUUUUUUUCCCUUGCCUGUCAGAAGCGUUGUACAAAGGGACAGGACAGACAGAGGGAAACUAGAAAGAGGAAGGGAUGGGGGAACAAGUAUUUCCCAAGCACAUCCCACAACUGCACAACAGAGAGGAAAAGUCAUCAGAGACCAAUAUGGUGACAGAGAAGUCAGCAAGUCCAUCUGUGGCACAGCUUGCUGGAAAAUUUCAAGACCAGUCAUCUAUCUCUGGAAAGGAGAUACCAGUGGUGAAACCAACCCGUAGAAAACCACCAUGUUCACUUCCUCUCUACACACACAAGGCAGAGCUUGGCCAAAAUGGUGAGCUAAAGCCAUCUCCAGGUGUUUCUCAGCCUUUGAAGGUAAAGGUCAAAAGCUCUCCCCUGAUUGAAAAACUUCAGGCCAAUCUGGCAUUUUCUCCAGCCUCUCUGCUGCCAGGAGCCAGUCCCAAAAGUCCGGGCCUAAAAGUAAUGGUUUCUCCAUUUAAUACCCCACCAUCCACUCCAGUCAGCCCAAAGUCUCAUUCAAGUGAACCAGAUGAAGUACCAGUAAGUUUUGAUCAGCCACCAGAGGGCACUCAUCUCCAGUUUUAUAACAAGGUACGGACACGAGGAUCAAUAAAACGCAGACCACCAUCAAGAAGAUUUCGAAAGUCGCAAUCAGAGUAUGGUGAUGACCUAGAUUUAGGGGUGGCACUUUCACAACAGGAAAAUGGUGCCAAGGAGGAUGAAGAGGAGGAGAAUGUGUUUGCUGACAAGAGUAAGACUGCAAAUCCAUUGUCUCCUACCACAGAUGGCAUAGACAACCAUGAGAAACAAAACCAGCUAGUAUCUGAUAAAUCAUCCUGCCCAGACCUAGUGCCCAACAGAACAGAACAUGGAGAGAAAGAAGAGGGAACUGAAGUAGUGACAUUAUGCAAGGACACCAAAGAAGAUAGGCCACACCAGAUCUUUUCAGAGAAAAAACUUGAGGAAAUCAAGACAGACAAAGAGAAGAAUCCAACUUUUGACACUGCAGAGAAUGCAAAGAGAAAGUCAUGGCAGAACAUUUUGUGGGGUAGGGAAGAUGGUAAUACUUCUGAUAAUGAAAAUAGAGGAGAGAAGGAGGGUAGAUUAUGUGAGAAUGAAGAUGUCCAGCAGGAGUCAGAUACACAAGAAACUGGGCUGCCAUUGCCAGGAGAAAACAUAGAAACUGAUACAAGCACCAGAGUGUGAUGUCAUGUCAUUAUAAUUACUGCAUAGACAGAAGUGGGAAAUGAAGGUUAACAUUGAGUGUCCAAUACAGUGCUUGCUUCUGAAUGAGCAAAAGUUCCUCCUUAACUGAAAAUCCCAAGACUACCAAUGUUCUCUGUUUCCUUUGGCAGUUCUUAGGCUUUACUUGCAGCAACUAUGGCCAUCUUUGACAGAAGAUAGCCUUCUGUGUAUCACGGUAUCUAAGUUCAUGAUACGCCAAGAUGGUGGCACAGAAAAGUCUUCCAUGUUGCUGAAGAUUUUUCUAGAUUUUUCAAGUGGACAGAACUAUAACAAACAUUAAUUAUAUUUUUUGAUUAAAGUUGACAUUUCCAAACCUCUUGUGGCCUGUUGGAUGUAACUAUGCUGUAUGCAUAUCAAUUACAUGGUCUCCCACAGAACCACAUAAAAGACUCCAUUCUGGUUUAGUUACUGAUGAUGGAACACUUUGUAUGUGUGGUAAAGGAAAAAUUCAAUAUGCUAGAAUACCAGUAGGAUCCUUAGCCUUCAUCUCUUCUGGGUUUGUGCUUCAUCACAGAGGGACAGUGGGAGUGUUUUCACUGUAGGAUGCUACAUUGACUUGUAGCCUUGAAGGCUAUUUAUAUGAUUGUCAGAUUGUAGAUCACAUGGAAUAGAAAGAUAAACAGAGACAUUUGUAGCAUGAAUAAGCCUUCUGGCAAAUGAAAGCUUUAAAUUUUGCAUUCUUUACAAAUUUGACUAAAACAAGAGCUGUUUUAAAUCUCAUGUGUGAGAGCAUCCUAUAUUUUGCAAAACAGCUACCCAUUUAAGAGGCUAGUUCUGAAAAGUGCUGGAGUACACUAACUAAUAUCCUAACAACACAGGAAGUUACACCAAAACAAAUGACUAGUCCAUAUAGCUCAGUAUUGACUAUACUACCUUGAGGUGUAUUGGACUACCGCUUUGACCAGCUCAACAACUCAACUCAACAACUCAAGCCAGAAGUGUCUCUGCUAUCUGGAGAUGAUGGGGGGGGGGUGUAGUGCAUCCCACAUCAUAAGAUAUGCAGUGGAUUAGGGAAGGCUGGCUUGCACCAACAGCAAUUUGCCAAGGGCAGGGGCAUUUCUCUAGAGGUGCCAAGAAUAGGUGCUUAGACCUUCGACAUGCAAAAUGUGUUCUCCACCACUGAGCCAUGGCCCCUUGCUGUGGUUCAUAGCUGUGGCUCUAUGUUGGAAACACAUCUAAAGGAGAUGCCAGAUCCGUAAUAUUUAUAGGACAUAACAGCUGACACAUCAAAAUUGCAACCUAGGUGAGAAAAUUCAUUAUCUAUAGCAGCAUGUUUGUUGUUUAAAACUAUUCUUCCCUUUGGAGUUGCUAACCAUGAUGAAUUUUCACUUGUGUACCUAUUUGCCUAGAUAAUAUAACUAGCUGAGUGGCAAUAUUUUUCCUAGUAGUAUCAAGGCCAUGCUUGGCUGGAGAGAUGUCCCACAUUACAAGGCAAAAGUGGGCCAGAACAGUGGGAUUUUGUUCAUUGUGCUGGACAAAUGGAUUAUCUAUGUGCAUCUGUGCUGCUGGAACAACUCUGCACCAAGAGGCUGUCCUAGAAAAGCAGGCAGCAUUUUGUAACUUGCCAAGAAAUCAUUGUAGUGAUGCCAUCAGCAAUACAUUGGGGGAAAUGGACUCCAAAACAGAUGGGUUUUUGUGGACAGACCACAUUCUUGCUAAAGGAGCUCACUCAUCUUGUUUGACUGUAUGUAUAGCUCCCAAAAAGUAUUUACAGUACUAUAAAUACUAAGCCAGGUAUUGAGUAGGUCCCCCUUAAAAAUUGUGUUGGUGCUGCUAAACCUCCAAUGUUCAGAUGCGGGUCUCAAAGCAGAUUAUCAUCCUUGUCAGUUGCACAUAAUAUUGUCCAAUUGGUUGGAUGCUUGUGAACCCAACAUUGCUUUUCAUCUCUUCCACAAGCUCCUUCAGGCAGAGGCAGAAACAUCACACAUGUGUCAUCUGGUAUGUUGGUUUAAAAUCCUGUGCAAUGAGAAAGGUAGGAUACAAAUUAAAUAAUAAUCUCACAAACAAAACAAAAAGGCAGGAAAUGUUACACAUUGCAAAAAGAUACCAAAAAGCUAGAAAGGAUUUGCAUAGUAUAAGAAUACCCAAAGCCUCUAGUCCAGCAUUUCUAGCAGUGGCCAGCUCAUACCCUCGACUGUCCUGAAUUGCCAGGGACAGUUCUGAUUAAUCCUCUAUUAUCCCAUUUUUUUCAGCUGUUUUUAAAAUAUCCCAGUUUCUUUCUCCUCCUCCCACUUUCUUCCUUUGUCCUCAGCUUACUUCCAUUUGGUGCAAACUGAGUUCAAAUUUGAACUCAAAAAGCAUGACAGAGAUAACAGUUACUUAUUGUUUGUCUCUAGAAUCAAAUAAUCAAAAUUUUCUUGCUUCCAAGCAUGGGGGGAGGGAGGUCUAGGAUUUGUUGUUAUGGAUAAUAUUAAUAAUUGAUAAAUCGAUGUUAUACAAUGAUUUAAGUAAUCUAUGCCAAUAUGCAUCAAUUUUAAUUCCAUGUCCGUUGUGAAUUGUCUGAAGGUGGCUAUUUUGUUUUCUGGUCCAGACUUUUACAAAUAGAGAAAUAAUCUCUAUCUGUUCUCUCUCCAUCAUUUAUACAUAUAAAAAAGGCAAUUCAUAUAUUAA